UCCCCCGUCCCCAGCUUGGCCCCCCCCCCCAUGGAGCGGACCACCGGGUGGUGGUGCGUGAACCCUUGGGGGUCCGCAUUUGCCGCAGCCUCAGUACACUCACACCUACUCAGGGAGGGGGCUGGUGAUAAGCAGCGAGUCUGCCCUGGAUUAAAGAACGGGGGAUUUGUUGCUGGAUAUGUUAAACGUUUUUUUUUACAAGUUGCUGAAUUACUCUGUGUUUGCUUAUUUGGAUGUUUGCAUGGGUUUGCAUGAGAGGAGGAAGAUAAUACUAUGAUUUAUUGGUCUCCUCAGGGUGUAGAACUCUUUCUGUCGGGGGGCAAAACUCUUUCGUUCACUUCUUUGAGUGCAUGUAUCUGUCAAACCGCACACUCACUAUUUGUUAACCUCCGGGACAGUAAACAUGUUUGUCGCUGUGUGUCAACAUCAAUGUUGUGAAGCUAAGGAAAUGCAAACUGACAUUCAUGGUCUCUCUCUCCCUCUCCCUCUCUCUCUCUCUCUCUCACCCUACAGUGCCUGGCAACCUGGGCUGCUUCAAAGACAGCGGUGACCCUCCCACCCUGUCAGGUAUCAGCGAGACCUCCAACAAACUCACCAUCCAGAACUGCAUUAGCUUCUGCAGGAAGCAACGCUACGAGCUGGCGGGAAUGGAGUCGGGUUACGCCUGUUUCUGUGGCAAUGAGCUGGACCUGCGGGACCACGUCGAGGCACCGAGCAUGGAGUGCAACCACGUGUGUUUCGGAGACCACACCCAGCCCUGCGGCGGGGACGGCUGGGUGAUCGUCUUCGACACCAAGGUGGGGUCCUGCGGCGGGAACUACACCGCCCCCUCGGACGUCAUCUACUCCCCGGACUUCCCCGACAAGUACGCGUCGGGCCGCGUGUGCUACUGGACCAUCCACGUGCCGGGCGCCUCCGCCCUCCUCUUCAACUUCACCUUCUUCGACAUCUCGGACCAGACGGACAUGGUGGAGCUGCUGGACGGCCACAGCAGCCGGGUGCUGGCGCGCUUCGACGGGCGCCACCCGCCGCGGGAGGUGCUCAACGUCACGGCGGACUACGUCAUCCUGUACUUCUACUCCGACCGCACCAACCGGGCCCAGGGAUUCGCCCUGCUCUACCAAGCUCUGAUGGGCCAAAAGACCAACUUGCUUGAGGAGGCAGAGCGGGAAGUGGAGGGCGACCUCACCAGCCAGGCCACGCCCCCGCUGGACGCCACCGAAAAGUCCAACGGUUCGUCCAACGGCCGCUCCUCUCAGAUCAUGUAUGUGAUCACGACCAGUCCUGACAAGCCGGAGCACAACAUGCCAGGUCAGUGGGAAGGACCCAGCAACACCAGCGGCCACCAUGCUAUGUGGACCAUCUACGCCCUGGCGGCGCUUCUCACACUGACCGUCAUAGCCAUGGUCGCGAAGCUACUGCUGCAUAUCACAGUCAAGGCCCCCAACAUCCCAACGGUGAGCGGCUCGGACAGCUGCAGCCAGAGCACCGCAUCCACGGAGCCCUGGAUCAUCCUCUACCAGCCGUCCACCAUCUCCCUCUUCAAGAAGAAGCUGAAGAACCACCACGGGGACCUCAGCCCCCUGGUGGGCAACUAGGAGCACUGCGCCCCUCACCGCUAACACCACUACUGUGUACCACCACCACCAUGGCUGUCAGGCGCCUCGCCCUCAAGGACAACAAAAACAGAAACUCUACUAAGAGGGUACGGAGGAACUAGGGGGAGCUAAGCUAACAUGCUAACGACUGACCCGAGUGGCUAAUGACAUCUGAUGACUCAGUGGCUGCUUCUACAAAAAAAAAAAAGCAGAGUGUUGCAGAGUGCCGGGCAGCCCCUCCGCGUCCCCCCCCCGUCCCCCGUCCCCCGUCCCCCAUCCCACAACCCCCCCCCCCCGACGCUGCACCAACGAAGAAGGGAUCGGCAGGGCUGUCAGAGAUCGUGUGGUGUGGGAGAGCAGCAAGUUCAGGAGGGCCGAUCUACUGCUCCUGAGAAAGACUGAGGAAGGACAACCCGUUGUAGUAGUAAUGUGCUCAGUAAUGUGCUCGGGCUACAGGAGGUCCCAUUUUCGCUGCCCAGGGACAUCCUCACCAUCACUGGAGUCAGAGGACAUAUGGGUUACCUCGACCACCAAACCUUGGGGGGGGCGGGACGGGGGGGGGGGGGGAGGCUCGCUGUGAGUGGCAGGCGACUUCACUGUCCACAGCUGCUGUGUGAGUAAACAGCAAAGGAUUCCCGUAGAGAUGGGAACUGUUGUCUUUGUUGAGUAUCAAGCAGUGGAGCAAGAAAAUGAAUAUGGACUUUCAACAUCUGCUCUACCUUGCACACACACACACACACACACACACACACACACACACACACACACACACACACACACACACACACACACACACACACACACACACACACACACACACACACACACACCUGUGUAAAAACACUGACCAAAACUUACAAAUUUAACAGCCAAAAAUAUUAUCCAUCCCAUUCAAAGAAAUCUUAAAUCAGGCACUUAUUGAGUUCAUCCAUGAGACAUUGUAGAUUUUCUGCCAAGAGAAUAACAGGUUUGGAACAAGUACAAAAAGGGUUAAAUAUCCAAGCACCCACGGCACAAAUCCUUGAUUCCAACUGAAAUGAUCCAGAGGCAUGAAAGAGACAGAGCAACAGAGAGACAGAGAAAUGUAUCUUCUUCCUAAAGAUGUUCCACUGAGGUUUGCUGAAGGGUCUGGUUUAUGAGAGACUUUUAAACUGCAGUUUUGUAGAAAACAGACAUGAUGUUUGAUAGGAUUUAAAGGAGCUUCUAAGCCUGUGUCAGUUAGUGGGAGUCUUCAGUCGGCAACAUAAAGAACACUUCUGCUCUUGUCUCAGACUUAUGUCUGAUCCUGAGUAUCUAUUGGUAUCGUGUUCGCACACACCUUUAAAAUCCCAAACUUUUUUAUUGAAAGAAAAUUCACCUGUUUCUCAGUCAGCAUUGACAAUAAUUUUUUUCUUCUUCACUUAUGAGUUUCUCAAAUCAAGAUUCUACUGUUCACUUAGGAAUGGCACUUUCACAGAUGGUUUCUAUUCAUUUCCCCCCAAAGAACCCCAACAGACCAUGCAGGAAUUAACAUAAAACUACGCAUUGGCGUUCAGAAACAAAGCCUUGAAUUAAAAGACUCAUAUUUUUUCUCUUAUGUUUAGUUGGUGAUAUAAACUGGACAUCAUGUUCAUGUUAAAAUGUGUUUUGUUUGAAUGUGGGCUACAGGGGUCUGUAAUGUAAAUUGUUCAAAUGAUCACAUAUACAUAUUCCAUUUUAUUUUUGUCUCUGUGGAACAUUUUGUACGUUGACCAAAAAACGGACAUUUUCACAUGUAAAGGAUAUCCAAGUUGGAAAACCAUUGUUUAUUUCUAAGGCAGCAGAACAAUCCAUAUGUUUGACCAAUAAUUACCUUUGUUAUACUGCUGUCUCAGCACUGUAUACACAUGUAUGUCUGAUUCUGAUACUCUGCCAAAAUAAUUGACCUUUCAUUUUGAUUGUUCAUUGGUUUCAACCAUACACCACCAUAUCACUGUGCAGCAAAGCCUAUCAUGGUCCAAAAUAAUGAUGCACUUAUAUUGCACUUGAGACAAAUUGUUACUUCAAAUUAAAAUCCCAAUGCGAGUUAAAUCCCAAAGUUUUCAUAAUCAAGUUACCAUCCUGAGAAGUUUGCCUGACACUGACCUCAUGCGAUGUUUUGUCUGUCUGCUCGGCUGUAAUGUAAAGUUAAUUACUGCAGGGCAAGAUCCCAAGACUCUGGGUUUAGAUCAGCCCAUGCAUAAAGAAACAGAAAUGUAGGGCUGAGAGUGGGAGAGAGUGAGAUAGACGUAAGGAUAAGGGACAGAUAGAGAGGGAGAGAUAGAGAGUGAGAGAGAAAGCGAUGGCAAUAUGAACGUGCGGUCAAAUCAAAGGCAACCUAACUAAAUUUGACAGUUAAAAUCUAGCAAGCCCAUAUCUGUUUGGAUAGUCUGGUGAAUUAUGCAAACUCUCAUUUUCUGUCCUGUCAUCCAGUCAAUUGGAAAAUCCCACGCUGGCUCUUCAGGGACGGAGGCCAGUGCUUUUGAGCAACAAGAGACCCUACGGGAAAUGAUUUGUGUGUGUGUGUCAGUGGGUAAUGCUUUUGGCAAAUUGUAAAUAAGUAAUAGUGAAAAGUUUAAUUUAUACAGUAAAUUAUUGUUAUUUUGUAUGUGAAUGGGAUAUAAACUAUCUUUUGUAUAAGUGAAGUAUCUUUGUAGUUUUAUUUAAUGUGACCUUGUUGCAAAUUAAACACUGUAUGCAUGUUUCUUAAA